AUGCCUUUUGCUCCAUUCGUGGGUGUUAACCAUCAUGGGCAGUCCAUACUAUUCGGGGCUGGAUUGCUAUCAAGCGAGGACACACAUAGUUUUGUUUGGUUGUUCCGGAUGUGGUUGGAUUGCAUGAAGGGUAGGGCGCCGAAGUCUAUCAUAACCGACCAAGAUAGAGCAAUGAAGAAUGCGAUUGCUACUGUAUUCCCUGAAACUCGCCAUAGAUAUUGUUUAUGGCAUAUCAUGCACAAACUUCCUGAGAAGUUAGAAUCGCACGCCAAAUUCAACCUUGGGUUGAAGACUGAUAUCCAGUCGGCAUUAUAUGAUUCACAGACCACCACAGAAUUUGAGGAGAGCUGGGGUGGACUACUUAUGAAGUAUGAUCUUAUCGGCAACAAUUGGCUUCAGACCUUAUAUGAGGAAAGGUCCUUUUGGGUUCCUGUUUUCCUCAAGAGUGUAUUUUGGGCUGGUAUGAGCACAACGCAAAGGUCUAAAAGUAUGAAUGCAUUUUUUGAUGGGUAUGUCCAUGCUGGGACGACAUUGAAGGAAUUCGUCGCCCAAUUCGAUAAUGCUCUUAGAAAGAAAGUGGAGGUCGAGACAACGGCUGAUUUCAAUUCUACCAACCAAACUAUCCCCUGCAUCUCCCCUUUCAACAUUGAGAAGCAGUUUCAAAAAGUCUAUACAAAUGCAAAGUUUAAGGAGGUCCAAAGAGAGUUUAUGGGACUAAUGGGUUGUAAUUGUUGGUUGGUUAGCACACAGGGGUGCAUUUUAACAUUUGACGUGUUGGAUGAAAUAUCAUUUGAUGAGCAAACCAAAAGAGUUCAUUACUCAGUUUACUAUAACGAAGAUGAGUGCGAGGUGAAAUGCACUUGUGGUUUGUUUGAGAUGAGGGGGAUUAUUUGUAGGCAUGCACUUAGAGUUUGUCAGUUGAAGAACAUUAAUGUGCUGCCGAAAGUUUAUUUCCUAGAUCGAUGGAGAAAGGACUUAAAGAGGCAUUACACAUUAAUCAGAAGUAGUUAUGAUGACGUGCGGGGUAGAUUAGACACGCGUAAUUACGAACUUAUGAUCCAAAGAUGUUCGAAAUUAGCCGCCAAAAUAUCCUCAAACAAUGAUAAAGUCCAUGCAUUCCUGCACUAUGUUGAUGACUUUGAUAAAUCAUGUGAAGGUUCCACAUGUCAGUCGACUAUCCAAUCAAAGAUGGCCAACCCAAAGGUGGUAUUGGAUAAGGGUAAAAAGAUUUUAAGCCCUAACGUCGUUCGAGGGAAACGGAGACCUCCAAAUAUGAGGAAGGUCCCACUUGUGGAGAAAUUGGCAACAAAGCGAAAAAAAUAG